UUCGUCGAGGCCAAAAGGAAUUUAUUGUUUUCUUCUUUAAUUAAUUUAUUCGUUGCAUGUAUGGGAAGCAAGUGAUCUCUCCCUGGCCUCGUUGAGCUCCGAAUCUAUGCGAAAAUGAAUCGCCUGAUUCGCCGAGUGAAACCACUCAGCUCCAUCCUCUCGACCCGCUCUCCCUCUCACUCUCCCUUACUCCCUAAACCACCGCCCCCGCUCCCCCAUUUCCGGCCACGGCUCUCGUAUUCCGGACCCAAAUCCGCCUCAUUCCCGCUCCCAGGAGUCCCCGUCGGCCGCCGGAGGACCGACCCAUGGCCAUCGUCGAUGGACCCUCAUGCUCCGGAGCCCGACCCGGCAGCCGCGGACUACUACGUCCACAUCGAGGAUCCAAACCCUAACGUAGAGAGCCUGAGCGAGAGCUUCGUCGGCGUCGAUGACGCGAGGUCCGAGGACGACGCCGUUCCGAGGGGCGGGGAGAGCGAAGGAUUGGAAUCAUUGGAUCGUGGGAGGACACUCCCCGAGGAGCUCUCCAGAAACGUGAUGUUCCUCAGCUGCGAAUCCUCGGCGAAGGGAGGCACGUGCGACGUCUAUGUGGUGGGGACGUGUCAUGUUUCUCAGAAAUCUUGCAGAGAAGUACAAGCCAUAAUUAGUUACUUGAAACCAGAGGUGGUUUUCUUGGAAUUAUGCUCCCAAAGAGUAGGCGUGCUUACCCCUCGGAAUCUGAAGGUACCAACUGUUGGAGAAAUGAUAGAGAUGUGGAAGAAAAAGCAAAAUCUAUUUGGGAUUCUUUACAGCAGGUUUCUUGCAAACGUUGCCAGUAAGCUUAAGGUUCUUCCUGGUGCUGAGUUUCGCGUUGCAUAUGAAGAAGCGAUGAAAUAUGGUGGGAGGGUUAUACUUGGUGAUCGCCCUGUGCAGAUAACAAUACGGAGGACAUGGUACAAAAUGCCGCUUUGGCACAAGACAAAGUUACUGUAUUCCUUUCUUUUUCACGGCGUCUUUUUGCCAAGCCCCGAGGAUCUAAAUAAAAUGCUGAAGAAAAUGGAUGAUGCUGGCUUGAUGAUCCUUGCGAUUCAAGAAUUGAGCAAGGAGUUCCCUACUCUAAUGGAAACACUUCUUCAUGAGAGAGAUCAGUACAUGUCAUGUAAGUUGCUGAAAAUCGCCAGCAAGCACAGCUCGGUUGUUGCAGUCGUUGGAAAGGCACACAUGAAUGGGAUCAAGAAGCACUGGAAACAGCCUGUUAAUAUGAUAGAUCUAUUGGUGAUUCCUUAGCGAAAACCCACUUCUUUCAUCAAGAUCCGAGUUUCCGUUGGAGUUGCAGCUGCUGGGGUGGCCAUUUUAACUGGAAUCUACUUUGGAUGCAAGUAGGUACACGCAGACAGACCCAUAAUAAGUUCCUGAUACAGAAUGUGUCGAUAACAACUCAGCUCACACCUCGGUGAAAGAAUGAGUAUAAUGAUGGGAACAUUCGUUGUUCAAUCAUUUAAAGCGAUUCUUGGAAGAAUGUAAACUUGGUAAAUUUUCUCGUCUCUUGGUUCAUUUAAGUCUACAAAUUCACCCCUCCCCCCCGCUCUGAUUGAACACAAUCUCA